AAAAUUGUAAAAACAGAUAUUUAAUUAAUGUUGAAUUAUUUUAAAAUAGAGUGGAUGAAAAUAUAAAACUUGUGUUUAGUUUUAAUUUGAUUGAAUUUUAUUAAUGUUUGAGUGCGUUCCAUGUCUGUGGUGACGUCACGCGUUGCGGGGUGCAUAUCACAAGCACCGGUCCUAAAACGGGUAAUUUAAUCAAAUUUCCAAAUUGUAUUAAUUUAAAUUAAAUAAAUAAACACAAUUUAAACAAAUUGUUGAUAUCAUUGAACGUUUCAGUUACGGUAAAUUGUGAUAUGUGUUGGUUAUAUCUAUGGGCGUGGACAGAUUUCCUGGAGUGACUGUUUUAGUGUAAUUAGGGCUUAAAAACACCUCUUGUUUAUUAAUUAACAAUCGAAUUGAUUUAAUUAUGGAUAGUCAAGGUAGAAAAGUGAUUGUUUGUGACAAUGGAACUGGGUUUGUCAAGUGUGGGUAUGCUGGGAGCAAUUUCCCGGCCCAUAUUUUCCCCUCCAUGGUCGGCAGACCCAUCAUAAGGGCUGUCAAUAAAAUUGGAGAUAUUGAGGUUAAGGAUUACCAUGUAGAUGACUUGAUGGUUGGGGAUGAAGCCUCCGCUUUGCGUUCCCUCCUCGAGGUGAAUUACCCGAUGGAAAACGGGGUUGUGCGCAACUGGGAGGACAUGUGUCACGUGUGGGACUACACAUUUGGCCCCAAAAAAAUGGAUUUGGACCCAACUGAUGCUAAAAUUCUCCUCACUGAGCCCCCAAUGAACCCCACGAAAAAUCGUGAAAAAAUGAUCGAAGUCAUGUUUGAAAAGUACGGUUUUGCGGGGGCUUACAUCGCUGUUCAAGCCGUGUUGACUUUAUACGCCCAGGGCCUUUUAUCGGGUGUUGUGGUGGAUUCUGGUGACGGAGUCACGCACAUUUGUCCCGUUUAUGAGGAGUUUGCUUUGCCGCAUUUAACACGACGUUUGGAUAUAGCAGGCCGUGAUAUAACACGCUAUCUUAUCAAAUUAUUACUAUUGAGAGGUUACGCAUUUAAUCAUUCGGCUGAUUUUGAAACUGUGCGAAUUAUGAAAGAAAAAUUAUGUUACAUCGGUUAUGAUAUUGAGACGGAACAGAGGUUGGCUUUGGAAACUACUGUUUUAGUUGAGCCUUAUAUUUUGCCUGAUGGACGGGUGAUUAAAGUAGGCGGGGAACGAUUUGAGGCCCCUGAAGCUUUAUUUCAACCGCAUUUAAUCAAUGUUGAGGGACAAGGCAUCGCCGAGCUUGUUUUUAACACCAUACAGGCGGCUGAUAUCGAUAUGAGGCCCGAAUUGUACAAACAUAUAGUCUUGUCUGGAGGUUCCACCAUGUAUCCAGGGCUCCCCUCACGACUCGAACGUGAAAUAAAACAAUUAUAUCUAGAGCGUGUACUUAAAAACGAUAUAGAGAAAUUAAAUAAGUUUAAAAUACGAAUUGAGGAUCCCCCGAGACGUAAAGAUAUGGUUUUUAUUGGAGGUGCGGUUUUAGCUGAAGUUAUGAAAGAUAGAGAUGCGUUUUGGAUGUCGAAACAAGAGUAUAAGGAGCAGGGAUUGAAAGUUUUGAAAAAACUAGGGCCAAGAUCGGCGUAAACGCAAUUUCGAAGUAAUAUGUGUUUUUAUUUUGAUACUUUUAAUUCAUGUAUAUUUAAAGGCAAGUUGAAUAAAUCAUUUUUAGACAA